GCUUCAUUCCUCUCCUCUGAAGCCAAGAACCCUAGAAAAGCUCUCAACUCUUUGAACAAUACCCAUCGUCUUGUUUUCCUUCUGUUUUUUCUCUUCGAUUUCUCCGAUUCGGAGUUCGUAAAGCAUGGAUUCUUCUUCGGCUGAGAGCAGUGCGGAGUUCUCCGGUUCUCAAUCUUGGUUGCAGUCGCGAAGGGGAGUCCGGGUGGUGGGAAGGAUCAGAUCUUUUCGGAGUUCGGAGAUUGUCGGAGCCUCCGAUGGGGAGUCUUCUUGUUCGUCCAGUCGCGCUCAGAUUUCUCUCACGAGAUGCGAUGGAGACUACGCCUCAAUCUCUUUUGGAGAUCAAUCUACUGGGAGCAGUCGCAAAGACUCUUACAAGUUAGAUUGGUGCUAUAAGCAAGAUGAGGGCAUCAGUGAGAUUUUCUCUAGAGAGGUCAAGCCUCUUAUCCAAGGAAUAUUUCAUGGACGUAAUGCCUGCGUUAUUGCUUACGGUGCUCGGGGAAGUGGAAAGACUCAGAUGAUUCAGGGCUCUGAAGAGGACCCUGGCUUGGCACCAAUGGCAAUUUCCGAGAUUCUCAUGUCAGCCACAGAAGUAGGGGGAUCAGUGGCUAUAUCAUGCUAUGAAGUGUAUCAAGAUCACAUCUAUGAUCUCUUGGAUCCUAAAGAACAAGAGGUACUUGUUCUUGAAGAUGCUGGACGGAAAAUUCAGCUCAAGGGCCUUUCUCAGGUCCCUGUGAAUUCAAUUGUUGAUUUCAAGAAAUUAUUCACUAAUGCAUGCAACCAACGGAGACCUCAAAAGAAAUCUGCCAAUGACACAUCGAUUAGGAGCCAUAGAGGCAUGAUUAUAUAUGUUUCUGUUGUUGAUAAGAAAACCAACCAUUCCCUUAUUGGAAAGAUGAAUUUUGUUGACUUGGCAGGUUAUGAGGACACUAAACAGAAGAGUAAUGCUUACUCUUAUCCUGCUGAGAGUGCUAAAGUCAACAAGUCACUCUAUACCUUGCUCAAUGUUAUUUACGCAUUGAAUGCCAAUGGGACCUACAUUCCCUACAGAGAAAGCAAAUUGACCCGUUUGUUGCAAGAUUUCAUAUGCAGAGCAAGUGGGGCGGUACUCAUUACUUGUGUGAACCCAACUCUAUGUCAAGAUACUAUUAAUGCAGUCAGCUUGGCUUCUCGGUCAUGCCAGAUGGUCAACCAUCACCGACAUGACACAACCAAGAGCAGUAGUAAGAGUGUCUCAAAAUUUAUCCCGACGUUUUCCCCUUCUAAUGGAGGAAGUCGAGCACAAGAUACCUUAGUAAAAAAGCAUCAACUUUCUCAGUUUGCCUCUACUGAAAGAAAACGAAAUGGAACCCCAUUUUUGACUAAGAGAAGGCCCCAACCGUUGAGCAAAUCUAUGAAGAAACCUGGACCCUCCCUAUUUAGCUCAGUUGAGAAGAAAACAAACAAUAGCACAUCUCUAACAAAAGGAAGGAAGUUGUUCAAUGCUACAAGUCCUAGCCCCAAAUCUAUCAAGAAGAAUGCUUUAAGUGAUUCUACAUGUGGAGACACUUCUACACAAAGUGAGGAAACUUGCGUGUCACCCAUUGCUCCUGAUGUACAAUCUAAGAUUCCAGAGUCUCCCAAGGAUGUUUCUUUUCCGAAUGAGCACAAUGAUAUUCGAGAAAGUGAGACUGGACUUGAUAUUAGUGCAAAAUUAUCUGCAGAUUCAGAAGAAAGCACUACGAAGGAGAACCAUGAAUCUCUUGUCAAUAUGGCUAAAUCCUCUCCACCAUUAAGCGAAAGAUUGAGAGAGAUAUCGAACUCAUUGAAACUCUUAAGUACUCGACAGAUAUGCAUUGGAACACCAAAAGUGGAUGUAUCAUAUUAUAAGCAAGGUGGUGUCGAUCAUAUCGAACCCAAAACUCCUGGAGUCCCGUUCAAUUUAAGACUAGAUGGCAACUCAAACUUUGAAACUGGUACUCCACAAGACAUCUUCAGAACUCGCAGUACAGGACUCAAGAAAUCGCUGGUCCAGGAGUGUCUAUCUUUCCUUAACAGUGCUAAUAAAGAGGAACUUAAAAAAUUGAAGGGAAUUGGAGAGAAGAGAGCUACCUACAUACUUCAACUUCGCGAGGAAACUCCAGAACCCUUUAAGGAAAUAGAAGAUCUUAAGGAACUAGGACUAUCUUCAAAGCAGAUAGGUGGAAUGAUGUCAGGAAUACUCGAGGAUUUUUAGAAUGAUGUUGAAAUGUGUGUCGAUCAUUUUGACUAAGGACAUGCGAGUCAUGUCCCUCUUCAUCUUGCAAAAUUAUGGGUUGCAAUGAUGGAUUUAUACUUGUAUAUGGGAAGCUAUUCUUCUUGAUAGAUUAAAAAACUUCAAAGGGAAGGAGUGAUGUGUGUCUGUAUCUUUGUUCAUUGUAAUCGAUCUUUAUUUGGUGUUAUUUUCUUCAUACAUUGAUGACAACUCUUGUUAUAGAAUGUAAAUGAUCAAUACAGGGUAUAAACACCAGAUUCUAUGUUUGACAAA